UUUCUUCCAGGACGGACUGAACGCUGUGGAGAGUCUCAGACCGUCUGUGGAGAAGCUGACGAUGGAGCUGACCACGAUUAAGCAGACUCAGGACGGGGAGAGGAAACAGCUGACUCAGCUCCGAGACGUCCUGAAGGCGUCUCUGCAGUCGGAGCAGAAGGAGGACGCUCAGACCAAGCAGAGCGCCGGCUACAGCCUCCACCAGCUGCAGGGCAACAAGGCUCACGGCACCGAGUGCUCCGGAGUCCUCUACAAGAGGAGUGAGGGACUGAGGAAGGUUUGGCAGAAGAGGAAGUGCUCGGUGAAAAACGGUUUCCUGACCAUCUGCCACGGCACGGCCAACGCACCGCCGGCCAAACUCAACCUGCUCACCUGCCAGGUGAAGAGGAACCCGGAGGAGAAGAAGAGCUUCGACCUGUUCUCACACGACCGGACCUAUCACUUCCAGGCCGAGGACGAAGCCGAGUGUCAGGUCUGGGUGUCGGUGCUGCAGAACAGUAGAGAGGAGGCGCUGAACAAAGCGUUCAAAGGCGACCAGGACGAAGGAGAGAACAACAUCGUCCAGGAGCUGACGAGAGCCAUCGUAGGAGAGGUGAAGAGGAUGAGCGGCAACGACGGCUGCUGUGACUGCGGGGCGCACGGUCCCACCUGGCUGUCCACCAACCUCGGGGUGCUGAUCUGUAUCGAGUGCUCUGGGAUCCACAGGGAGAUGGGGGUCCACUACUCCAGGAUCCAGAGCCUGGACCUGGACGUGCUGGGGACCUCCGAGCUGCUGUUGGCGAAGAACGUGGGAAACGCCAGCUUCAACGAGAUCAUGGAGGCAGAUCUGUCAGUCACCAAACCGGAUCCCACCAGUGACAUGUUAGUGACGGUGGGAGUGACGGUGCUAGUGACGGUGGCGAGUGACGUGUGUGACAGUGCGAGUGACGGUGCGGGUGACGGAGGCGAGUGA